AUGCUUUUCGAACCACGAAUUCACGAUGACGCUUUAAUAGAGCUUAGGAUAUUGGUGAAUCAUUCAAACUGCUACCGAUGCUCAUUUACGCCGCUCCUGUUUGGAGGCAUAGGAAUAUCCGUUACGGACGCCCAUCCCUUGCGCUUCUUCCACUCGAGUCUACCUGAUUUUGAGGAAGUUUUGGAUGAGGGAGGACCACCUUCGGCGACUUUACGGCCUACUGAGCCUUUGAUGCCUUUGGAGCGCAUCGACAAUCGUGUUGAGGAUGAAAACGAAGGUUAG